GUUCGAAUACCUUAUGUUUGAACAAGUUUCGACAGGUCUCUAGUCCGUAGCAUGGUAGUUGUCAUUGUGAUGUUGAGUGUGGAAGGUGUGCGGCUUUGAACUCGCGAUUAACGUGUUUUGUAUGUAUUGGAAAUGAAUUAUAAGAAGAUAAGUAAAGGAUAUUCAGUGAUGAUGGCGAUGAUGAUGGUGGUGAUGGUGUCGGUGUCGGUGUCAGGUACUGCCAUUACAGAGCCUGUGGGAGGUAGUGGUGUUUAUCAGUCUUGUGAAGCAGAUCAUGAAUGUGAUAGAAAUAAGUACUGCUACAAGGUGGCUGGAAUCUGUGUACCUUGUACAGAUUGUAAGGUUUACUAUCGACAGAAGCCAGCUCUGUACCCAAACUGUCCAAAGGUGCCUCUGCAGUGUGGAGAAUGUCUACCAGGAUAUGAAGAGGAAAUUCUUACAGAAGGGGAAGUUAGAAGCCAUUGUAUUCCUACUGCAUCACCGCAAGGCAUGCCCUGGAUACAAGCCGUUUCCAUUACUGUUGGUAUUCUACUUGCUUUAAUUUGCAUCAUAAUUUUCUUUGUUGUCCGAAGAUUCUGGAAGAAAGCAGAACCUGUCCAAAGCGUUGAGGAAGAUAUUGGUCUCGAAGAUCAGUCCCCACCGCCAUACAGUGGUGUUCCACUACUCGAGGAAACACAUGUGGCUACUGCUCCUACUGCAAGUGAUUUUGUGUCAGAAAUUUGUGAAACAAGUUUGGCAUUUCGUGUUGAGAAAGAAGAUCAGCCCUUUCAACAGGCAGUGCCUUUUACGAAUUAUCAGAAUUUUGACGAGCCGGAUGAUGCAUCUGAAGACGAUCCUCUGCCUGUACAGGAUGAAGAGACAGUAGAGAGUAUGUGGGGUCCACCACCUGGAUAUGGACAACAGGCAUCAGCUAGCAAUGCAGAGGACUCAAAUAAUGAAACUGGUAACAGUGAAGUGACUGUUCCAAACCAAGCAGUAAAUGUUGCCAGUGCUCCUGACUCAGGACUUUCAAACUCCUCUUGUGGAACCUCAUCAAACAGUCUUCCACAACGGCCCUUUGAAGCUUUGGGAUCAACUUCAAGUUCGAGCCUCUCAUUUCAGCAGCCGCCAGCACGCUCUCAUAGUCUUUCUGAUGAAGAUGUCAGUAUUGAUGGUCAUUCUCACAAGCGUGCUAGACGUGAUUCUGGUACUCAGUCCCUUGGAGAAGAUUCACAACCAGUAAAUGUGAUGGUAAUAAAUGUUCAACAAAUAUACAAAUGUGAUUCUUAACUAGAUAGGAACGCCUACAGAUAAGAGUUACUAUAAUCCAUUCCACUUUCUUUAUUGCAUUGAAGAGGGGGUAAGGUUAUCUUACAGUUGUCUCAUGUUGUGGAAAGUGUAUGCCAUUUCCCUGUGAUAAAUUCAUCCAACCUUCCAUCCUGUCCUUUCUCUGAUUUUAUGAACCAUUUGCAUUUUACGAGUAUGAAGUAUCUGUUGAAUGGGUGCAUAGUAAUAUUUUUCACCACUUACAAUAAAGUACUGAGGAACUUGAAAAAACAUUAAUGAAGAAUAUGGGUAAGAACUGGACACUGGAAUGUGUUAAAACUUGUUUCAAAUUAUUUAUAGUAGAAGUUAUUUUAACUUAUAAAAUAUGUUUUUUCUGCAGUAAUAUAAUGUUUUCUGAUGUGCUUCCUGUUUUGGCACUGAAGAGCAUACAUCAUGUUUAUUUUGUGAAAUGUAAGUACACUGUUUGUGCGAUCAGUAGGGAGUUUUAUGCAGUUAUUUUUCAUGGUUGAUUAGUAUACAGGUGGAUGCUUCUCAUCUCAAGAUUUUGUAGCAUAUUAUCCUUUCUCAACAUUUGUCACUACUCGUGUGCCAACCUUGCUGCACUGUAGUUUAUUUAUAUCUGAGGAUUUGUCUUUUAUUUUGUGGCAAUUUGGCACCGAGGUACUGGUAAAACCUCUAAUUACUUGAUAUGCUAUAUGUCAAAAAUUAUUUCUUUUAACUUCAUUUUAUUCUAAACUUGUAUUACAGGUUAGCAUUUCGUGGCAGGUCCCCCCACUUCUCUAUAAACCACAUUUUCCACAGCUUAUGUCAAGGUCCUUAAUUUUAUUGGACCAUAGUGCUCAAGGUGUAAAUAAUCUUCCUCCUGAGAUGUUAUGACUUAUGUGGACACCACAUCCAUUUAGCAAAUAAUACAAUGGAUGCAUGCUAAAUGGGAACAUGUAUUUAAAAUGCAAAGGAUUUUGAUGGUAGAAUGUGCUUGGAAUUUGUUUCCUAAAGCAGUUUAGUGACUAAUUUUAGAAAAGCAUAAAUCAUAUGCAUGGCUCAUGUUUGAAAAUAUUUUAACAUCACAUGAUACCCAUUUGAAGACAUUACUGUUUUUUUAAAGUAAAUGAUACAUUUCCUAAAAAUGGUUUGUAAACCCCCCCCCCCAAUUACAAUAGAAUUUGUUCAUUCCAUUUCUUUCAUUUGUGUACAGAUACACAUCUCUUCUUCAUCUAACAGUUUUGAAGCCUCAAAAUUGUGAUGUGAUGAUGUAGGAAAGCUUAUAAUCAGCUAAAUUUCCCACAAUUUACUUAUAUAUUCUCAUUUUCAUUGAAGUCCUUGUUUUUCUUGCAAGAAAUGGCGUGGGAUGAAACAGAAAUUAUUUCAUAGUUUGUGAAGACUAUAGAAAUUAAGGCUGAAGUGUUGUGACAUAAGAAUUUGUCACUGAUACAGAUAAGGUGUUAAUUUCAUAUAAUUGUUAUUGAUUUCAUUUGUUCCCAUUUAACAUUUUUGUUUAUAUGAUAUUAACCUUACACUUGCAACUCAGCAAGUUGAAAUCAGUAGCAUAGUGGCAUGUCAUUUCUCUAUUGACGUACAUCUCGUAAACAUAAAACAUAUUCGCUCAUCAUAGAACUAUUUGCCGAUGUAAAGAUAAAAGUUUACAUAUCAAGUGAUCCUUUGCAGCCAAGAGUAUAAUGGUAAAAUCCAACUUUCAUAAAGGGUUUCCAAAACGAAAUCCUGUUUGUAUUUUAAAACUUAACGUAAAGGUCUUAAAUAUGGCUGUGAUUUCUUAUGCAUUUGGCCAAUUUUUUACCAGAUAUGUGUAGACAUGAAUCUGUUGUAUUAGUGAGGAUAAUGAAACUUUUUAGAACUAUUGCUCAGAUUUUAAAUAUAUGUAAGUUGUUUAAGCAUUUUUAUACAUGUUGUUUGUUGAGUAAUACUGAUUUUGCAGCAUAAGUAGUAUAUUUACCCAAAUUCAAUAUUAUUCCAUACAAUACAAAGUGUAGAAAUGUAAUAUUAUAGACACUGUUACUGUUAUAAAUGAUUAGAACUUUUACAUGGUAAUAUACAUUACACAGCUGCAAUAUUAAUUUUUCAGUGUAGGUAAUUAUGUGGCUUUAAAAUAUAUUUUUGAAGUUGAAAUCUUUAUCAUGUUUAGAUUACUUUUUUUGUCUUUUCUUUCCAUGACAUUUGUAAAGAAUAUAUUCAGCGGUAUAACAUUGUAUCCUUAUCUCCAUUAUGAUCUGUCUGUGAUUCCCCAAUAGAAAGCUGUAAAAUACAAUUAAAUACAUGAAGUGCUACUGUAUACAGUAAUUUUUCCUGGUAUUCAAGAAUGCCUUUUCUUUUUUCAAAGCAUAAAGUGAUAAAUUGGCUCACCUUGCAUUCUGGUAAAUGUAGUAUUGUCUUGCUACCAGUCAUCUUAGGAGUGUGUGAUAUUUAAAAUGUCAGUGGUGGAAGUAUAUUUUCUCCUUUUUUUAAACAAAUUCUGUCAUGUUGUUAUAUGUUUUAAAUAUGAUUUUUAAGUAUAAUUGUAAGUAGUCUAAAUCUUUUGUUAACAAAAAUCUCAUUACUUUGAAUUUGGUAGAUAAUGUUCUUAAUUGGUUCUGUUCUGGCAAAUGUUCCUUACAGCAGAUAAUAUUUGCUAUCUUUUAUCAUUAUGUUACUUAUUCUUCAUGUUUUAUGUUUAUGAAAUUAUUGGAUUUACAGAUGUCAUUCAGGUAUUACAUCUGAGUAGCAUAUUUACUGGUAUAUAGAUAGUACAUUUAUUCCAAUGUGAAAGUAGGAUUCGGCCAUUUUGUUUGGAAAUUCUGUGACUUAUCCUACUUUACUCUUGGAUUCACAUGUUGGGUACUCAAAUUACUAGUAUAACAUAAUAGUAGGAAGUCAUAGGUAUUCUGCAAAGACAUUUAACAAGUCAUAUGAUGGAAUAUCAAAGCCAGUUUGAUGUUUUAAGCUAUACUUCAUCUUAAAGAAUGGCAUUUAUAUGCCAAAAACAAAUUCUGUUUACUUUGCUGAAUAAACCCUGUCAAUAGAUCUGGCUUACACAUUGAAAUUAUCACACCAGAACUUUCAGUGUGCACAAGAUAAUUAUAGAUGGAACAGUUUCACGUGAAAAAUAUAUGCAUGUGCAAAAAUGAACUCAAACCAUGAAAUACAAAUUAUUUUCCAAAAUCAAGGAACAUGCUACCACUAUAAUACAUGGCAGUUUUUAUUGUUUAAUCUUCAUCAAAUUUUAAUUUACACACAAUACUUCCUUAUAUUGAAAGAUAAAAAACAAUUGUGGAUUUUUUUACUGUUGGUGGCUUGAUUUGCGGCUCCCUUUGAACUGCACUGACAUUGCAGAAAAUUUCAUGAGCUUUAAAGUGGUAUCUGUCAUGUCAGACAUUGCUUUGGAGACAUGGCCUGUUUGAUUGAGCCUCCAGAAGUCUUCUACUUGCAGGCAGUUUGAUUUCUUGAAAGUCUUUUGGAAACAAACUCAUAACAUACUGUGGCCACUGAAAAAUGCUCUUAAUUUAAUGUGAGAUAUCUAUUUGCAACAUAAAGAAAACAUGCUGAUAUUUAAACACUUGAAAUUCUGUACUAUAAAAAUGGUACAAUAUCUAUGCCAGUGAAUAUGGUAUUCAUUAGUUCUUUUUGUAUGCAUUUAUAUGUUUUGUUAUGGUAAUUUAUUUUAAUUUGUAAUUGUUCCUAUUGAAAAGUUAAUUGUGCCACUAACCCACAGACAUACUCGUAUUUGUCUUUAUAAAUUCAGAAAAUCAGUAAAGAGAUUUGAAAAUGCUACAGAAUGAUCAAAGAACUUCUGUAUUAGUAAGUAUGUAUGUUGCUCAACAGCCUUGUAGUUUUGAUCUGUCUUUAAGAAUGUUAUGAAUUGUGAAUAAAGUGAAAACAUUUUAUAAGGCAAGAUAUACUGCUGUCAGAGGAAGGUUACAUUUUUAAGUAUUACUAAACUCAAUGAAUUACUAUUUUAGUUAGUUUUUUUACUCCUGUGGUUUUAAUAUGUGUGUGUGUGUGUGUGUGUGUGUGUGUGUAAACGACAGAGCACCUGGAAAUAUAUGUGUACAGGAGUCUUUGUUCAAAUUUGAUCGGUCAUUAAGAAAGUUAUGAAUUGUCA